AGAAUAUGUUUAUGAUGAGGGAUGUGACCCUCUCUACACAGGGCUUGAGUCAGGUGAUAGGACAGGAGUUACAGCAGAGGUGGAAGAGAACUUGAACCCUGUGGUUGGUGUGCCCAAAAUCUCUACCAAAUUGCCUGAAACGAUGACUGACCAACCGCAACAAUGCGCAGUAUGUGUCAAAAUGAGGUUCGACAAUCCAUGUAUCAAGCACGCUCAAUGCUGCACAUAAGGAGGCAAGGGCAAGCACGGCACAGGUCUCCUUUGGAAACCAGCAUCAUGCCCAAAAUGCUCCUCAUGGAUUGCAGCUUAUGAUAACCACCAAGAGUGUGAGGCGGAGAUUGCUGAGAUAAUACGACUGGUGAGACGCCACAGAGUACGCUCACACAAAGCGGGGGACGACUGAAACUCCCUGUUCGACCCUGCAGAUCUCAGAGACAAGUUCGGUCACCUACUCCAAACCAACAGAAGUGUGUCUAGGGAACGCUCAAUGAACCGAGCAUCCUCAGCACCACCGCCCAGCCUAGAAGGGGCGAACAGUCCACCUGCAGCUGAACACAGCACAAAGCCAUCUCCACCGAAACAGGCUCAGCCAGAUAAAGAUUCCACAACACAGCAAUCUGCCGAAAUAGAACGCUCAAACGACCCGCUUUUUGAUGAUCUGGCCACAUCCUCCGAUUCAUCCACCAAAGCAGACAAGCAUGACAAAAGGGCUAGAGACAAACAACCCAAGCCGUACACAUCAAAGCGCUCCCCUUCCCCCUCCGACUCGAGCUCCUCAGAUUCGUCCUUCGAUGACCGACACAUGUGUCGCUCACGGAAACGGUCUUCUCACCGCAAUUCUAAAAAAGCCUCACACAGAAGGUCUAAGAAAAGAUCUAGACGCUCCAGAGUUCGUUCAUACUCACCCUCUCCUCCACCUAAGAGGCGUCGCUCAGAAACCUAUUCCGACUACCCGUUGACCCAGGACAAUUAUAGACACGGGUACUUCACCAAAGAAUACAUACAGAGUCGAGGCCGGUACGAGCAUCACGGCUACCAAAACCAAGAUUACGAUCCUCUCUACGAAGAGGAGGAUCUUUACUAUGAUCAGUAUGGAGAUGGCGGCAAAGAGGCGGAAUUCUCCCCUGCACCCAGCGACCCACCUCCGCAGAUACCCCCGGUAGCACCCCCUCAGGUGUCCCCAGUACCACCCCCUCCAGUCUCAGACACAGACCUGUCCCAGGGAGACACUCGGCAACUACCUCUAUCCCCCAGUAGACCCACUCACCAAGGUCUGGUACCCUCCAGCAAAUGCACACUCACAAUUCAUGGUGGAUUGUGACCAAGUCCUCUUCAUUUUUAGAGAAGCUCAUUAUGGAUGGUUUACAGUUGCAAGCGAAGAACCCUUAGGCUUCCGAGUAUCAAACAAAGCCGCAUGGUCCAGACACAAGGCUUUCCUAGCCGAGUGCUCUGACGACCCAACAGCACGCCCAAAAACUCCCACGGCGUCACAGGACCUGGCCGUCGCCAGGCACGGAUUCUCCAAAACAGUGAUGGAACGCCUGGGUGGAUCCCUAGAACUCGAUCCCCCCACCAUCGUACACAGCAGGAAACAUCCCCUAUAUGAUGAACUUCACAAGGCACUCAAUAAGCACAGAGUUGCCCGCACCCCAAAAGUGACACUUCUUAAUUUCUCGGUGCUACCGCAGCCCAACGUAAAAUAAAAAACAAAGCCUCUUUCCUUCAAGUCAGGUCCAAGGAAGAUGAAGACGACAUCCUCAACUUCCUCAACAGCAAAACCUCCCAGUCCUGCAGUUACAUCACGGACCUGCCCACAACCUACACCUUCUUUGCUUCUCCCUCGCACGAAAUGCUCGGCAUACAGCAUCACCUCAAAGAGGAACUACUAUCCCUCUUGGGCUUGUAUGAUUACACUUCCAGCACCUACUUCUUAGAAGACGAAACAAAAACAGCCCAUCCUCAAUCAUCCCACCCUCAAAUGUUCGACCGUACGAUGAGAUACCUCAUCUUCGGCUAUAAAAAAUUUGUGGCGGCCGCUACCCACACCACUGAACUACUGGGAGCGGCAUCCCUACUGCUUCGCCUAGAGUUCACAGUAGUCCAAAAGGCACCCCAAACGUCUGACCUACUAGUAUACAGUACAGAUAUCGUGAGCACCAGCAUCCUGAGCCUCAAAGGGGCCCAAGGGGUCGACCAAGCUAUCACAAACGGGACUAUCAGACCCCUGCCCGUCGGUCAGAACAGUCCCAAAACACAUCAACCUUCCACCUCCCAAGACCGUGGCUGCCGCCCCUCCCAAACAUCCAUGUUUAUCGAACGGCGGUCCUUUCGUAGCUCUUCCUCGAGAGGACACGGCCGACCUCAGUGAGGAACCACUCACGGCCAGCGAGGCGCACAGUCAGGAGGCUACAAGAGUGGACAGUACCGUCCUGACUACCAGCGACGGAACAACAACCCCUCACCUAGAGAAUCAACCUCGCGAGGCAGAGGCUCAUACAAAGCGCCUCCAGCUACGCAACAAGGUCGCACCAACGCCAAUUCCCGCAGAAAAACGAAUCCGGCACACCCCUCAGGCCCCAAACGAAACUGACUAUCCAGGGGGACGCUUACAACUCUUCGCCACCGAGUGGUCAGACGCCCCCACCGCUAUCUAUUGCAUUGUCAAACAAGGGUUCCACUGGACCUGGUUAGACAAACCACCUGCCCUCUCCACACCAAAGAAAAAACCACAGUUGCUCAAUCCAGACCUCUCCCUCGCAAUCCGGGAGUUGCUCUACAAGCAGGCGAUAUACAAAGCAAACCACCAACCUUGCUUCCUUUCCAACGUAUUCCUGAUCCCAAAGAAAUCAGGGGGCUUCAGAUUCAUCAUCAACCUCUCUCGCCUAAACAAAUUCAUCUACGCUCCAAGGUUUCACAUGUCCAACCAUACCUCGCUGGCGUCCAUGCUCCAACCUCCCGUAUGGACUACUUCCAUCAACCUGCAGGACGCCUAUUUUCAUAUUCUAAUCCGGCCAUCACUGCACAAAUUCUUGGCUUUCAUGCACGAAGAGCACCUAUACUUCUUCAAGGCACUGCCCUUCGGAUUAAACGUAGCCCCAUACAUCUUCACCCGACUACUCCGAUACCCUCUCGGCGUACUCCACCGGUCCGGCAUUCCAGUUAUCGCCUACUUAGACGACUGGAUGAUUUGGGGGAAAUCUCAGACAGACGCAGCCAGAGCUUUCAACACCACCCUUCAGUACAUACAGAAACUGGGGUUCAUCGUAAAUAUGGAAAAAUCUCAAGCCAUCCCAAGCACAGACACCGAAUGGCUCGGAGUCCGCUGGCUGUCCGCCACAGGCCGGUGGGGUCUCCCCCUCACCAAACAAAUCAACCUAAAAAUCUCCAUUACGGACCUGCUCCACAGAAACACCUGCUCCCGCAGGGAAUGGGAGAGCCAACUCAGAGGCCUAAACUUCCUGUCUCAAAUUCUCUCCCACACUCGCCACCUCAUACAACCUCUUCUGAGACUGCAACUGCUCAACAGUGCCUCUCACAGGGACAUGCAGGUCCUAAUCCCAGACCUCUUCAAACAAGACCUCCGCCCCUGGCUGGACCUACCCCUUCUCGAACAAACAGAAGUGUUUUGCCCAGUGUCCAGCCCUCUCCUCCUAUGGACAGACACGUCAACAACUGGGUGGGGGGGGCACACAGAAACUCUCAAUACAUCAGGGACGUGGACAGCACAAGAGCAACUUCUGCACAUAAACAUCCUGGAGGUACGGGCAGUAUGCCUAACCAUCCUGCAGCUCAACAUUCGCAGCCACCUGAUCCAUCUAUUCAUAGACAAUGCCCCAGCACAAUAUGCGAUCAAGAGACUCUCAGCAAAAGUCUCAGAGUCUCCGCCACGAAAUAUCCUUACUCAUCCCCAUCCUGAAGCAGAGAGAGAUCAAGAUCCUACCCUUCAGAAUUUCCACUCUCCUGAACAGCAGAGCGGACAGCCUCAGCCGAUUCUCCACGCUCCUCCUAGAGUGGGAGCUCCCACAACAAGCAUUCAACUCCAUCACUCAACAGUGGGGCUCCCUGGAGAUAGAUCUCAUGGCGACAGCCAAGAACGCCAAGCUCCCAACUUACCUAUCUCCCCAUCCCGACCCUCUAGCCCUCGGCUGCAACUGCCUAGCUUGGGACUGGAAUCAGUGGCAACAAAUCUACCUAUUCCCACCCAAGUGGUUCAUCCCGAUGGUGAUAACCAAACUCCGAUCGUACAGACACCACGGCAUCAUCAUCCUCCCGUGGUACCCAGCGGAGACAUGGUUUCCAUACAUCAGGAACUGGGCCCUCCAAUGGUGGCACCUGGACCUACCAGAUCCCACGAAGAAUGUAUGGCUCGCCUCAGAGAAGUGGACCGCAUUAAAUUUCUGAAGGAAUGUUUCGCCUUCACAUUAGGUGACCAGGUGGCUUCGCCACUGGUCCAGGCCUACCGCGGAUCCACGAACCGUCAAGCCGAGUCAAUCUGGAAAACAUUCCAGAACUGGUUACCAGCGGAUGUCACAUCUGUCACACCAAGAACUGUGAUGGAAUUCCUCCUUGCACUAGAAGCAAGACACCUAAACCUAAACCCACGCACCAUUCUCAACUACAGAUCACAGCUUAGACUACCCAUCCUCCAAGCAUUCGGUCUGGAUCUCUCUUCCGACUUAUUCUCCCUACUUGCUCGAAGUCAGUUCCUCAAGAACCCUCCCAGCAAAAAGAAGGUCCCCCAAUGGUGCAUGGAUAAAGUCCUAGCUACCUUUUCCUCAGAAGAAUUCAACAUGAACACAGCUUCACCGACCAACCUACUCCUCAAAACCAUAUUCUUGACAGCUCUAGCUUCAGGGAACAGGGCCAGUGAACUGGCAGCCACAAUAAGGGAAGGCUUAAUCAUUUCCAAAGACAAAGCUGUCCUUCCUACCAGCCCAGACUUCCUAUUAAAAAAUCAAAACUCUCAGCAUCCUCGGCCUCCAGAUAUCACCUUCCCGGCUCUAGGGCGUAGACAUUCCCUAUGCCCGGUUAACCCCUUCAAUACGGUGACGCCUAUGUGGGCGUCAUGAAGCCCCAGUAGCAAAUACGGUGACACCUACGUAGACGUCAUAUUUCUUUUCUGAGCUUUCUUCAGUUCAGUUG